GAGUUGAGCCGUCUCGCGAGCAGGACACCAAACGCGGAGGCUGACAUAUCCUGUGGCCAGGAACUUGGCAACUUGGGUAUUUGGGAACCAGGAACCCAGGAUCCUAUAGCCUAUAGGAGCUAUAGCUUUUCUAACUUCUCCCGGCCAAGGUGUGCGUGUGCGCGAGUGUGGGUAUCCUGGCUGUUGCUGCUGCUGUAACGGUGUGUGCUUUGUGCGUGUGUGAGUGUGUGCGUAGCCGUGUUGUUGGCCAAACAAAAGCCAGAAGGAGUGACGAAUAAAUUUAUAAUCGCGCGCUUAACACACGCUACCUGAAAAUAUACAUUUCGCAAAAAGUACUACUCUCACUUGAAACCUAAAAAAUUGUUUAGACGCGCAGACCUCCAGUCCCAGCCACGCAGCCCGAUUUCAAAUCGAAAGCCAAAAACCGAAUGCACAUCGACGGCGCAAAACAAAUCGAGCAGCACGAUGCCGACUCAAUGCUGAUGAUGGUUCAGAUGGCAAAGGAUCUGGAACCGUAGGUGUAGCCAUAGUCGAAAUCACGAAUCCGAGUCUGUUUAUGAAACUGAAGGCGGUGGCGGCUGAACGGAAAUGAAAUCAAAUCGCACAGGAGCAGCUGCAGCCGGCGGCAAUAAUACCGUUUGUGAGUUAUGGCCAAAGUUAAUUAAAAGCCAAGUGCGCAACUAGAGCUGGAUCGAGAGCUGGCGCAACAUGCAGAACUGGAAUGCCAAUAUACCCCUGUCAAUGCCUAUUUACAUGGCCAGUGAAAAAUGGCCAUCAGAGGAGAGAAUAAACAAUACCUGGCCAAGAGGAACGAAAACAAUCCAAAUCGAAAUGACUUAAAGCGGCUUACCAGCGGCCAGCAGAACAAAGCGAACAUAACGUAUAUAACGUAUACGCACCGUGCAACACGGCGGAUGCAUGAUUAAUUGCACUUUAAAUACACAAGCGAAACGAACGAGAAACGCAUUUUCAAGCAAGGAAAGGGCCAGUAAAAACAACCUUCAAAAUGUUGCCAACAAAUGUGAUGUCAUUCAUGAAAAAGAUGGUGGCCACCGACGAGCAGACCAGCGAACGGCAGCAGCAUGCAGCGGACUCGGGAGGAGGGGCCUCCCAAACGGGGGCCCUGAACAAGAUGAAGGCUACGAUUUCCUCCUCGCUGCUCACCGUCACAGAUAAAGUUAAUAAAAUGUCGCCACGCCCCUCGCUGGUGCCGACGGAUGCGGAUACCAGCGGCAGUUACGGCUCGCCCAGCUAUCAAAGCCAGCAGCAGCAGCAGGAGUACGGCAGCAGUCUGAAUAACAACAAUAACAACAGCACCGGCGGCGGCACGGCGACAGCGGGCGGCGGAGGAGGCGGGGCGGCGGCCAAACAGGAGCCAGGACGAAGGGCCGGAGCCUGCCGGGUGUGUCUGAAGUCCUUCAAGCCGGACGACUACCACAAGACGUGUUUCGAGUGCCAGCAGCGAGUGUGCGAGGACUGCGCUAGCUACAGCAAGCUGGACGAGCAUGAGGAUGCGACCAUGUGGCGCUGCAGCGUGUGCCGCCGGAAAAUGGCCUCGCGUGUGUGCAUUCCGCAGGACUCGACGGACUCGAUGCUGGACGUCCCGGUGCUGGAGGCACUGCAGCGGCGCCACUCGGACGCCAAGCUGGGCAGCAGCACGCAGACCCUGGCCCCCAGCAAUGGAGCAGCCCUGGCCCCGCCGCGAAGUCCCGAACUGCGACGGCACUCCGAUGUUUCGCCAGCCUCGCUCAAGGAGUUGGAGCGGCAACUGAAAGGCGGCCGCAGCAUGGCGCCCAGUCGCUCCAACAGUCCGCCGAGGGGCGAGGGCCCAGAUGGACAACCCCCCUUCGGUGCGCCCCUGUCGCGCAUGCAGUCGCGAAGGGGGUCGCGGGUGGCCCGGCAGCACAGCUACGAUGACGACAUGAAGACCGGACCCGUGGGCGGCAGCAUGGGCGGUGGUGGUCCGGCGCUGGGUUUGGGUGCGGAUGGAGCGGGUCUGGGCAUUCCGGCCAUGCCACGCAGGAAGUCCGCCUAUGAUGUGUUUGCCCCCGGGCUGACGCAAGGUGGUGCCACUCCUGCCACGCAGCUGCAGAGGUCGCCCGGCGAGGGCGGCAUCAUGCCGCCCAUCCAGCUGCCCGGAUCCAGACGACCCUCGUUCCGGGUGCCACAUCCCUCGGAGGACAUCCAGAACGACGACUCGCCCGGCUCGCCGGAUAAGGGUAGCCCCGUCCUGACCGUCGACGAUGACCGGCGGAUGCGGCGACGUGGUUCGCAGUUACCUGAUAUAGCGUUGCUGCAGAAUCGUGGUGCCCUGCCUGCGGUUCCGCCCUCCUCGAUUCCGCCGCCCAUGGCUUCAUUUACGGGCCCCAAUCUGGAGGAUUUGGAGGCGCCGCGACGGCAAACAUCAAUGGACGGCGAGGCCAUACGGAUCGUAAUUCACGACGUGGAUUCGGGGCCGAUUUGUGCAUCUAAGCGGCGCAUCAUUCUGCGCCGGGAUCCCACGGACAAGGCGCACCGCACACGUGGCUUUGGAAUGCGCGUCGUCGGCGGAAAAACAGGAGCCGAUGGCCGUCUCUUCGCCUACGUUGUGUGGACCGUUCCAGGAGGAGCGGCCGAGAAGAAUGGCCUGCAGCAGGGCGACAAGAUACUCGAGUGGAAUGGAAUGUCGCUGAUCGACAGGAGUUUCGAGGAGGUGUGCUCCAUCAUGGACCGAACCGGGGACGUUGUGGAGCUGCUGGUGGAGCAUGCCACGGACUUCCGGAUGUGCGAUCUCUUCGAUGAGAACCUGCCACCCGGCAAUGCCGGUGGUCAAAGCGGACCUCGGAGAUCCGGAGACGGUCCCGUCGGACUGGGCCUCAUAGCGGAACCCGAAACCACCACAGACAAAUCACCAGCAUCGCCAACUAGACGGAAAUUACCAAAAACUCCGGAGCAAAUUGCCCGCGAGAAGCUGGUCACCGGAAGAGUCCAGAUCCAGGUUUGGUACCAUGCCGAGCGCAGCGAACUAGUCGUUUCCCUGAUGGCCGGCGACGACCUGGCACUGCGGGAUGAGGCCUACGGACAUGGUAAUCUGCCCGAGGCGUACGCCAAGGUCCGCAUUCUGCCCAAAUGUGGAGAUGGCAGCGUGCAACAAACGGAGGUCAGCCGACCCACACAGAAUCCCAUUUGGAACGCUACACUGACCUUCGGCCAUGUGAAGGCCGACACCUUGAUGGAUCGCUACAUAGACAUUCAGCUGUGGGACCUGGUGCCCCACACCGAGUCCAUUUUCCUGGGCGAGUGCAGCAUCGAGCUGCAGCAGGCCUUCCUCGACGACCAGGCAAUCUGGUGCCGCUUGGAGGAUACCAAGGGGCUGCGUGGCAUAAGCAUCAGCAAAUCGCCGAGUGUAUCGCCACGUGGCUCCAUUGCAGCCGGCGCAGGGGCGCCCAGUGGCGAUGUGACCCGGUUGCUGCGUCGCGACUACAAUAUGCAGCGCUCCAACUCCGAUGACGUAGACUCCAUCGGAGAUGGAACUUCACUGCUGCAUCCGGAUCACGCCUGGAUAGCUGGCUCGCGACGCGGUUCCUCUCAGUCGGAAACCAUGGAGGUGGAGGUCUACCAGCUGGGCAAGGACUUCUCGCGCUCAUUGCCGGGUUCGCGUCGAUCGAGCUUCCAGGAUGCCGAAAAGAAUCGGCUGGAGGAGGACGCCAUGGCCACGCCGCCCACCUCUUAUCUGGUGGGCCGGCGCCGUUCGUCCGUGGCUCGGCGCGAUCCGGAUGAGAUCUUGAAAUCCUUGAAGGCUGUCCGCGGUGAACUGGGGCGCACCAUGAGUCUGGGUACCGAGCAGCACAAGCGCAUGGGAUCGAGACGUGCCAGUCGCGUUGGAUUGCCGAGCGGACCGAGUAGCCGGAAGAGUUCCGUCCUGGAUUUGUCGCAGCAGCAUCAGCAGCAGUUGCAGCAGCUGCAGCAAUUGCAGUUGCAGCAGCAGCAGUACCUGCAGCAGCAGCUUCCCAUGGGAAUGGGCAAUGCCGACACCAGUCCGCCGUCCGAAGACGAGGAUAAGCGCUACCGACCGCGCUGGAAGGGAUCGGGCAGCCAGUUGCCGCCACAGAGUCCCAAGCAGGCGCUCUCCCGGCUCAAGCAGGCCGCAUCCGCGUCGAAUGUGGCGCAGGACACGCAGCGACAGGGCCAACUGCUGGCCACCAACCCACUGCAGCAGCGCAAGAGCAGCAUGUUCCAGCUGAACGAGUCCCAGGCAUCGCCCCCAACGACCACCACCACCACCUUGCAGCGGAAGGGCAGCAUGUACGUGGCCAAGGUCACCGAGACCCCGCCCCUCGGCACGCCCACGCGCAAGGGCAGCGUCUACCAGAGGAGCGGAGUGGGACUGGGUGUGGAUAGUCCCGGAGCGGAUAGCCCGCAGCGCAAGCAGAGCGUGGUCAAGACCCUCAGCGGCAGCUAUGUCAACAUAUGCCCCCUCACGGGUGGUGAGUCCAGCUAUGGCCUGAAACUCGGACCCUCGCAGAUCCAUCCCAAGGGCUAUCGCCUGACCACCGCGAGGUACGGCGAGCUGAAGAUGGGCUUCCUGAAGAUCAAGGGCAACGUGGAGGUAGAGCUAAUCUGCGCCCGUAACAUUGUCAACGAGGACUGCGAGACUCCGCCGGACACGUACGUGAAGUGCUACAUCAAGGACGGAGACCGUUUGCGCCACAAGAAGAAGACGCGCGUGGUGCGCCACGCAGCGGAGCCGCUCUACCGCCAGACCAUUAAGUACCAGAGCUCGGACGUCUUUGGCCGCAACAUCGUCAUCAUGGUGUGGCAGCGGUGCGUGGGCUUCGAGCACAACCAGGGACUGGGCGGCACGGAGGUGAAUCUGGACAAGCUGAGCAUCGGCCAGCCCAUCAACGGAUGGUACCCGCUCUUCCCGAUGCACAGCUACGGAGGCUCCGACUCGGACAACUCUCCCUGACCGAACAACCCGGUAGUCGCAGUCCACAUGCAGUGCCGGAAUCGCCUGGAGUCGGACGUGAUCGGAGCGCCACUGCAAGCUCAAUUUGUUAGCGCCUAAGUUUUGGACACCAUGUACGCGUACACUGUUACCCAAGAUAUCCAUCCCUACACCCCCCUGUAUGUAUUAGUCAUAGUUAAAUGAGCUUAGCACUUUAGGCUGGCAGGUGGAAUCGGGUCGGGUUAUGUUACACUACACCAAAUUAUUAUUAUUAUUCGUGGUGAGAGAGCUUUGUAAGUAGGGUACACAGAUAGGGCAGCACCAGGAUGGGGAAUGGGAAUGGGAAUACGAAUACCCAUAUCAGACAGCACAAUAAUUGAGGAAUCGCAGUACCAGAGGCAUAUUUACUCGCGUUUAUAUAUUUUUGCUUGUUGUGUUUGCGAAAGUUUAAUGUUGUUCGCAUUUGAACGGAAGUGGAUUAGUGGAUACGUAUGUGGGUAUGAAAAACGGAAACGAAACGGGCACCAAAACAAUAAUGUCGAAACUUCGAGGCAACGAAGUGGGUGGAUCUUCCGCCCACAGAGAGGGAUUUAAAGCUUGGUAGCUGACAAAUGCAUAUUUAUCCGAGUAAGUGUUAGUUAAGUGUUGAGCAGAAAAUAAAAACCCAAACCAAAAACCAAGUAGGCUAGCCCCAACUAUCUGUACAGCUGAUAACCCCGCCAAGGUUUCAACUGCUCCACGAACUGGAAGUCCGAGUAUCUGGACAACUGAAGGUCUCUCCAGCUAUGAGUAUCUGUGGAUCUGAAUCUCUGCACAUCUGCAUGUCUAGUAAUAUCGCAAAAUCGGGAAACCAACCAACGGAAUCUAGUUUAAAUCGACAAUCUUAAUGGGUGUGUGUGCUUGUGUGGGUGCGAGAAUCGAGUGCGAUUAAAGCGUGAUUAAGACGAAUUUACUGUAGUCAUUUUAUGGUAGGACAUUGGUUGCAACACAGCAUGGUUGAAGAUUAAAGACACCCCCUUCUCCUCUUCUUCAAACUCUCCAAACGCUUCAGCCACUCAAACAGGACAAUCUCGUGUAGUGAAAAGUGAAAAAUUUACAUUUUCGGAACUUGUGUAUAAAUCUAAUAUCUAAUCAGCGUUCAGCCUAGCCUAAGGUUACAAACACAUUAGAUUUAUUUAUACAACGCCUACACUUCAGUCUUACUACCUAGAGUAAUUAAACUGCAAACAGUUUGUGGAACUUUUACGGUCCUACCACUUUUACCGCCACUUACGUUGGCUAAAAUGUCCUUAAGCUCUCUUUAACCGUGAAGGCAACUAUAUAGUAUGUGUAUCUAUAUCUGUAUCUGUUCAAGGGCAGCCGCGGGCCUUCCUUAUUGUUAGAUGUUGCUUUAAAGACCCAAAGAGAAAUACUUAGUAGCAGAUAAUCCAUUGUUGUAUCUUGUAAGUACUUGGUAGCUGUCAAGGUAGUCAGGGUAAAAGAUAUAUACUCGUACUCGUAUAUAUAUUCCUGUUUCUUCGGUUGGCUAAUUACUAUUCACAAUCUGGCUGUUGUUUGAUAUACCUAGUUGGGUAACGAAAACUAAAAUGGUUGUGCUAUCUCAAAAUUAAAACUACUUAUUAAUGUUCUAAAUUCGGCACAGUGCGCUGUAUCAACUACUCUUAGGUAUGUUUGGUCUUUUCUACUUGCUCUAAUCUACGACUACUAUUAUUGUACUUAUUGUACUUGGCCGGAGGUGGGCAUCGAGUACUUUGAUAUCUGUAAAAAUAACACCAUAUCAGCGUGUAGCGUUGGGCUGGAAUCUGGGGAGGAUUGCGCUUCAAAAGUGCCGAGAGGGCUGUAGCAAGGCUUAUAAGAAUACAAAUCCACUACUUGUUAAAGAAUAACUUAGCCAUUACCUGCGUACACUAUGUAAAACAAUAUACAAACAUGUGAACUAUAUGAAUAUGAACGUACAUAUUAUAUAUAUACUAUUAUAUUUAAAAAAAAACUGUAGAAAAACCAAAAGUGACCCACACUAUAUGUAUAUCAAAUUGAGUUUCAAUAAACAUCAAAUAUUUAUUUGAAGUUGUCUAUUA